AUGUUGCUUGAACACCCGGGGUCAAGUUGUCAGAACACCGGAAAUUUCUCCCGUUACAGUGCAGGCCAAGAGAUCCCAGUAUGUGCAGGCUGCAAUCAACACAUCGUGGACCGCUUCAUCCUCAAAGUGCUGGAUCGCCACUGGCACAGCAAGUGCCUGAAAUGCAGCGACUGCCAGGCACAGCUGGCGGACAAGUGCUUCAGCAGGGGCGACAGCGUCUACUGCAAAGACGAUUUCUUCAAGAGAUUCGGGACCAAAUGCGCAGCCUGUCAGCAGGGGAUACCGCCCACACAGGUUGUGAGGAGAGCGCAGGACUUUGUCUACCACCUGCAUUGUUUUGCCUGCAUCGUCUGCAAAAGGCAACUGGCCACAGGUGACGAGUACUAUCUGAUGGAAGACAGCAGGCUGGUCUGCAAGGCCGACUACGAGACCGCCAAACAGAGAGAAGCAGACUCGACUGCAAAAAGGCCACGAACAACCAUCACGGCUAAACAACUGGAAACGCUGAAGAACGCAUACAAUAACUCUCCCAAACCUGCCCGCCACGUCCGGGAGCAGCUAUCAUCAGAGACGGGCCUGGAUAUGCGGGUUGUGCAGGUUUGGUUUCAGAACAGGCGAGCUAAAGAGAAAAGGCUGAAGAAAGACGCCGGGCGGCAGAGGUGGGGGCAGUACUUUCGCAACAUGAAGAGGUCGCGGGGAAGCUCCAAAUCGGACAAGGACAGCAUCCAGGAGGAGGGAAUGGACAGCGACGCCGAGGUGUCUUUUACAGAUGAACCACCGAUGUCAGAGCUUGGCCACACUAACGGCAUCUACAGCAGCCUGAGUGAGUCCUCUCCAGCCAUGGGCGGCCGCCAAGGGGGCAACAACCAUGGCUCCUUCCCUCUGGAGCAUGGCGUCCUCCCCACUCAAGACCAGUUCCAUGACAUCCGCUCCAACAGCCCCUAUGGCCUUCCGCAGUCGCCGGGCUCACUCCAGGCGCUACCCAGACACCAGCCUCUCAUCACCAGCCUGGUCUACCCAGACUCCGGCCUUUCUAUCAUGACCCAGGGAGGCGGGCCUGGGAUCAACCCUGCCGUGAGGGUCUCCAUGGGGGCAGCCAAUGGACCCAGCUCGGACCUCUCCACUGGAAGCAGUGGAGGAUACCCAGACUUCCCUGCCAGUCCUGCCUCCUGGUUGGAUGAAGUGGACCACGGGCAGUUUUGAUUGGUCAAUGACAACAAAUUGGACAUGUUAAUUUUUUAAAACUUUGUUUGUUUUCUGUGUCUUCUGUCGGAUUUUUAGAAAUUGGGAAAUAGUCACACAGGACAGACUGGACAGUUACUGUGACACUGUCUUUGGAUUUCACCAACAUCUGAUUAUCAAGUCCAUUUAAUAUCUGAUCUGGAUGAAAAGAAAGGAGGAAAAUGUACUUCAUUAAAAGCACUUGGCCUAAUAAUUGUACUUCAAUAGUAAAAACUGGACGUAAAGCAAAGAAUAUGUCAAAAAGUUCUGUUUUCAGGUACCACUAUUAGCUUUUUCAGAACAAUGUAGAGACCACAGACACAGACUCAGAAAGUUCAGAUACCAUUCAUUUUGAGUUUAACCGACUCUCGUCCCUCUUUAUUCUCAUCUCCUCCCACUGCUUUUUGUUAUCUACAGUGUGUUCAGGUGCAGAAUUCAGUUCAAAGUUUAAAGAGUCUUUAAAUGUCUGGUUGUUGCCAAAUGUCUAUAUAUAUAUAUAUAUAUACUAAUGGUUUAUCAUUGUGGAGACUUUAUUUUUAUACAAAACCCCUUCUUGGUCAUGAAUCAGAACCCAGAUAUGAGGACUUUGUACAUUCUUUAACAGGGAUAUAGGCAAAAAUGUAGAUGUUGUCUUAAAUGGUACCUAGGGGUCCAAUUACUUCUAUGCAUUUGUGUGUUCUCGGAUGUAUCUCGUUCGUUUUGUUCUACUGAAAAUGACCCCCAAGGAGGAACUGCUGUAGCACCCGGGGUCUGAUGUAUAUGUUUGUUUAUGUGGAAAAUGUUUUAUGUCUUAUUUAUUCCUUCUGGUAAUGACAAUGAUGAU